UUACUUUUGCGGAUGAUUUUCUUUAGUUUUAAGUUACUGUAAUUUCAGAAAUCUCCAUGCUUCUUAUGUAUUUGACUCGAAAGUUUUGUCAUUUCUGAUCGUUAGGAUCUUGUUAUUGGUUUUUCUCAUGACUUGAGAAAAAAACUCUCAUCUUUCAGGGAGAAAUGGCUUCUUCUUCUGCUCAUUCUAGAAUCUCGAAUCUCCAGAAUCAUCUUUCACCUCUUGAAGCAAACAACAAGCUCAGGAGUCUGGUCAAGAUAUCUCCACAGGUAUCUGAAGCCUUAUCCAAUGGACGCGCUGUGGUCGCUCUUGAGUCAACCAUUAUCUCCCAUGGGAUGCCUUACCCCCAAAAUCUGCAAACAGCAAAAGAGGUGGAGUCGAUUGUCAGAGAAAAUGGAGCUGUCCCUGCAACUAUAGCUAUCCUGAAUGGAGUACCUUGCAUAGGUCUGAGCGAGGAAGAACUAGAACGUCUUGCAUCUCUGGGGAAAAGUGUUCAAAAGACAGCAGGCAGGGACAUAGCACAUGUUGUGGCUACAAGAGGAAACGGUGCAACUACAGUCUCUGCAACGUUGUUUUUCGCUUCAAUGGUUGGCAUCCAAGUUUUUGUGACGGGUGGGAUAGGAGGUGUCCAUAGACAUGCCAACCAUACGAUGGACAUAUCAUCUGAUCUUACUGCACUUGGAAGGACUCCCAUAGCAGUGAUAUCAGCAGGCGUUAAAUCAAUACUUGAUAUUCCAAAGACUCUUGAAUAUUUGGAAACUCAAGAAGUGUAUGUUGCUGCAUACAAGAGCGAUGAGUUUCCAGCAUUUUUCACAGAGAAAAGCGGCUGUAAGGCACCUUCCCGUGUAAAUAGCCCUGAAGACUGUGCUAGAGUAAUAGAUGCAAACAUGAAGCUAAACCGUCAGGCGGGGAUUUUAUUUGCUGUUCCAAUUCCGAAACAGCAUUCAGCUGCCGGAAAUCUUAUCGAAUCAGCAACACAGCGUGCUCUUACAGAAGCAAGGGAAAAAAACGUUACUGGAAAUGCAGAAACUCCAUUCUUACUUUCACGGGUAAAUGAGUUAACUGGAGGCACGUCACUUGCAGCAAGUAUCCUUUCUCUAGAGACAUUGCGCUUGUGAAAAACAAUGCUCUUAUCGGUUCUCAGAUUGCAGUAGCCCUUUCUCAGCUGAUGUGAGCUUCACUAUCAAUCUCGGUCUCAAGCUCAAGAUCAAGUUUAGAUUCAGGUUCAUGAUUCAGGACAAAUCAAAUAUGUUUUGGAUUGGUAGUUAUCAAGUAUUUUUUCUUUAGUUCAAGAAACUCCAACAUAUUUUCACAUGUUAUAUUUAGAUAUUUUUAUAUCAUGUGGUACCUGAUUUGUCUC